AUGAGCGCCAGUCAGUUGCAGCCAGCAUGUGGUGACUGGGACUCCUGCAGCCAUCUACUUGCGGCGCGAGGAGGCAGUACAUCUAGUGAGCAUGCCUUGAAUCAUCUGACAAGGUAUGUUCAUCCACUGGCUCUUUGUCCUCAUGGUGAAUCCUGUGCAGCUCAUAAGCGCCUUUGCGAAGGAGGAACUAGUGUGGCAGAUAUUUGCCACCAUUCGGUUUUUCUUCACGGAAGGCCCAGCCGUGGAGAGUGGGACAACUGUGCAGUUUUGAGCGGGUCAGACUUUGAUUAUGUUGAGGAGGGGAGGGCAGCGGCGGGGUACAAGCUUCUUUGUGGGAAGCACACGCUAUCAGAAACCAAAGAGUUGAGCAUCGCGGAGAGGCUGGACAAUGAAGGAAUGAGCUUGCUACGCAGGGAACUAAAAAUCCAUAAUUUGGAGUUCGAGAUGAGUCUUGUUGACACAGUGGUGCCUCGACUGCGGCGCAAUCCUCGCCUUCGAGAGGCAAGUUCUGCGAUUCCUUGGUUGACGUCCACACCGUGCCCGCCUUCCGAGUUCGAUGUGCACUUUCAAGUUGGGUAUCACAAGAAGAAGCUUGGCCUGCUGAGGAAGCUGAAAGAACGGCCAAUAACAGAUGCCGAGCUGCUGGCAUGUCUGCUAUGUACUGGCACGGAUGCACAGGGCCUGAUCCGAAGAGCCUUGCGCUCGCCUUCAAGUACAGGCGAUGCCAAGGGAUGGAAGUGGACAUGCCAUGCACUUCGUCAUGCUGCUAUCAAGCUAGCAGAGCCUCCCCCAAGUGUUCUCUAUCAUGGGCUGAACAACGUCCAGCCGCCAGAUCCUGAUUCAUUGUACUAUCCGACUGAGUACGACUCCGACGAUAUGGAUCCGCCAGUCGAACUCCCACCUUCAGGUAGCUACAGCAACUUCAUCAGUGGAAGUAUGAGCAUUGACAUGGCGCGCAAGUUCGCAGUUGGAGGUGGGGGCACAGUCGCGAAUCCUAGCUCCAGCGGAUGUGUGCUGCACAUCUCUCUUGGUGAAGGGGCCGGCAAGCUCAGCUGGAGAAGUGAAGGCUUGAUUGUUGCGGACAUGCGUUGGAUCUCAAAGUUUCCCGAUGAGCAAGAGUGGUUGAUUGUACCAACCGCCCCCAACUUAGCCUUGUACUUUCAGCAAGAUCCCGUCACGGAACGAACACCUUUCGGCGGCGAGAUCAUCCACCUGAAGUGCGAAUGGUGGCGGGUGGGGGACGACCCCAGUAUAGUCGAUGAGCAUUGGCAGCCGUACAGGGACCCAUGGGGCCCAGAUGACAACAUGCCCUGCUCGCUUCUGUGA